AUGCGUCCACAACGAAAUCCUUGGAAGACCGGGCAUCAAUAAGGUCGGGGCGGUGAUUUCCAUGCCGCACCUGUGCAUGAAGUUCCACACUCCAGGUGGUGUGGGUGAAGUGAAGGGCGACCAGAGAAACGCCCGGGAGUGCUAUGCCCGGGCAGUAAAGAAGAUGACCAAGGGGGUCAACCUCAUCUCCCAGGAAAUCACCAAGGGAGAAACCCGGGAGAAGCUGGAGCCCGAAGCCGAGACGGUGGAGAUCGAACGCGCGAUUCUUCAAGGAUGAUCAGAAUUGGAGCAAAUCUCUCAGAAGAUCUCAAGGCAGAGAUUACACGUGUUCUACAAGAAUACGCGGGCAUAUUUGCAUGGAGCGUGGCAGAUAUGCCCGGAGUUAACCGUUCAAUCAUCUGUCACCGGCUGGCAGUGAGGGAUGGAAGUCGACCGGUACGCCAGAAGAAGAGGUACCUGGCGAGUGACUGGCGAGACUUCGUCAAGAAGGAGGUGAAGGACCUCCUCAGGGUUGUAGACGGGGCAUCUGGUCCUAAGGGAUACGGGGGUGGUGUAGUGUUUACCACUCUAGAAGGGUUCAAAAUUUACCAUGCACUCGUCUUCAACUUCAAAUUGACAAACAACGAGGCAGAAUAUGAAGCUCUGCCGGGAGGGCUUAGACUUGCCCAAGCCCUGAAAAUCAACCGGGUCAGUAUCAAAUCUGACUCCAGUCUGAUCGUUGGGCAAGUGACCGGUACCAUGGAAGCCAGGGAGGGACGAAUGGCGCAAUACAAGGACCUGGUGCUUGCUUUGUUGAAAGACUUCGAGGAAUUCAGGAUCGCCCAAAUUCCCUGGGCGGAGAACGCGGAUGCAGACCUUCUCUCCAAGUUGACGCAGUAUGCCCCUGAGCAUGUUUCAAAACUUGCCCGGGUGGAAAUCUUGGAUCGAGCCAGCAUCGAGAAACUGGAAGUUGCGGCAAUAACAGCAGCAGACCAAUCUGACCGGCCAAACCUGGUCGGGGCGGAUGACCAUUGGAUGUAUGAUCUGAUGGAAUAUUUGAUGGAUGAGAUCUUGCCAGAGCAAGAAGACCGGGCAAGAAAAGUGAAGCUCAGGGCACCCUGAUUCCAGGUUCUUGAUGGAAAACUGUAUAAAAGGGCAUUUGGGGG